AUGGUCCCAGACUGGAAAGCCGGCCCUCCAUCCGGACAUACCCGAAUUAAGCAUCCCCGACCACCCCGACCACCCCAGCAUCGGAGCCCUAAUCAACCGCGAACUCCAUCGCGAAACCGACAACCCCAAUGGCAGUCCCUACCUAAUCCGCCACAGCAUACCACCAACUUCAUCGAGAAGAUCUACUGGAACCCCCGCGCCUACGACUUGCGCAAUAUCUGGAUGUGGUACAACGAGGUCGAGCGUUUCCUCAUCGCGGAAAGGGCGCCAGAUAUGCUGAAGGAGGCCGCGAGAUCUUGUCUGCUUAAUGACUUGUAUGUGAAGAUGCAUGAGAUGUGCCUGGGGUAG